AUGAAUUCACGCCUCGCGCACAAUGUCGCGCGACGAGGGCGUUUCACUAGCACGUUUGGGCGCGUUGGGCGGCGUCUGGAUAUAAAAGACACCGCCCGAGCAGGCGUCCGCCAUUCUGGGGUUCGUUUAAAGGUUUGAAUUUUCUCGGAGAAAGACAGGCCGGCCACAAGGAAAAAGAAACGAGCCGCAGCGUCAUCUAAGCCCUUGAAAGGAUCCAGAGAGGGGGGAAAGGGAAAGCAGCAGCCACCAGCCCAACCACUUGUGUCUUCUAUCCCUUCCUCUACCUGUCUUGCCCACCCCACCAGCCCACGCUGCUUGGGACUUGAGAUCUCUGGCCGAAGGACCGUCACCACAUAACUGCAAAAAUAAUCAACCACCCUCCCUUCCCAAACCCCACCCAAACCCACUCAUCCAGCGUUUACUUUUUUGAAUCCACUCAACUUUUUUUCUGCGACCCCCCUCCCUAAACGGAGUUGGGUGGGGGGGACUAUGAAUACCGAAUUGGCCUUCAUUUUUUAAGAGACUUUUUGAUCCAAUGAGGCCCCCCAAAUAAUCGAGUUUUGGGUCCUGGUUGGUUGUUUGAUUUUUUUUCUCCAAAAUUUUAACCCCCUUACCCCCCCCUGAGCCCGAGGUGCUGACGUCGCAAAAAAAUUGGAUAAAAACUCCAUCAUGGGUUCGGGUCCCAUAGACCCCAAAGAACUUCUCAAGGGCUUGGACAGCUUCCUUACCCGAGAUGGGGAAGUCAAGAGUGUGGACGGCAUUUCCAAGAUCUUCAGUCUAAUGAAAGAAGCACGAAAGAUGGUGAGUCGGUGUACUUACUUGAACAUUCUCCUGCAGACUCGUUCACCAGAAAUAUUGGUCAAAUUUAUUGAUGUCGGUGGCUAUAAGCUUCUCAAUAAUUGGCUGACAUAUUCAAAGACGACCAACAACAUUCCCCUCUUGCAGCAAAUCCUACUGACCUUGCAGCACCUGCCCCUCACUGUGGACCAUCUCAAGCAGAACAACACAGCCAAACUAGUGAAGCAGCUGAGCAAGUCAAGUGAAGAUGAAGAACUUCGGAAAUUGGCCUCAGUCCUCGUCAGUGAUUGGAUGGCUGUCAUCCGCUCCCAGAGCAGUACCCAGCCUGCUGAGAAAGAUAAGAAGAAACGUAAGGAGGAGGGAAAGAGCCGAACCACCCCUCCUGAGAGACCUUUGACUGAAGUGAAGCCGGAGACCCGGGCUGAGGAGGCCCCAGAGAAGAAGAAAGAGAAGCCGAAGUCACUGCGAACCACAGCUCCUAGUCACGCCAAGUUCCGUUCCACUGGACUCGAGCUGGAGACCCCAUCUUUGGUGCCUGUGAAGAAGAACGCCAGCGCAGUGGUUGUUUCUGACAAGUACAACCUUAAACCCAUCCCUCUGAAGCGUCAGAGCUCUGCAGCUGCUCCGGGAGAGACCGCUCCGCCUGCAGAGAAGAAGUACAAGCCGCUCAACACGACGCCCAACGCCACCAAGGAGAUCAAAGUGAAGAUCAUCCCGCCACAGCCUAUGGAGGGCCUGGGCUUCCUAGAUGCACUCAACUCAGCUCCUGUUCCUGGCAUCAAAAUUAAGAAGAAGAAGAAGGUUCUAUCACCUACAGCUGCCAAGCCAAGUCCAUUUGAAGGGAAAACGAACACAGAACCAAGCACAGCCAAACCUUCUUCCCCAGAACCAGCACCACCUUCGGAGGCCAUGGACACAGACCGGCCCGGGACCCCAGUUCCACCUGUUGAAGUCCCAGAGCUCAUGGAUACAGCCUCCUUGGAGCCAGGAGCUCUGGAUGUGAAGCCAGUGGACAGCCCUGGAGAUCCCAGCCAGCUAACCCGGAAGGGGAGAAAGAGGAAAACCGUGACGUGGCCUGAGGAGGGCAAGCUGAGAGAGUAUUUCUACUUCGAACUGGAUGAAACUGAACGAGUGAAUGUGAAUAAGAUCAAGGACUUCGGCGAGGCAGCCAAGCGAGAGAUCCUGUCAGACCGACACGCAUUCGAGACCGCCCGGCGUCUGAGCCAUGAUAAUAUGGAGGAGAAAGUGCCCUGGGUGUGCCCCCGACCUCUGGUCCUGCCCUCACCUCUUGUCAGCCCUGGAAGCAACAGCCAGGAGCGCUACAUCCAGGCCGAGCGCGAGAAGGGGAUCCUCCAGGAACUGUUCCUGAACAAGGAGAGUCCUCACGAGCCUGAUCCUGAGCCCUACGAGCCAGUACCCCCAAAACUCAUCCCCCUAGAUGAGGAAUGUUCUAUGGAUGAGACUACAUACGUUGAGAACCUGGAGCCUGGCGGUGCCGGUGGUUCGCCUGAUGGGGCAGGUGGCUCCAAGUUGCCCCCUGUUCUAGCCAACCUGAUGGGCAGCAUGGGUGCUGGGAAGAGCCCGCAGGGCCCUGGCGGCGGAGGCAUCAAUGUCCAGGAGAUCCUCACCUCCAUCAUGGGCAGCCCCAAUAGCCAUCCGUCAGAGGAGCUGCUCAAGCAGCCGGACUACUCAGACAAGAUCAAGCAGAUGCUGGUGCCACAUGGACUUUUAGGCCCUGGCCCAAUAGCCAAUGGUUUCCCGCCAGGCGGCCCUGGGGGUCCCAAGGGCAUGCAGCACUUUCCUCCUGGACCUGGAGGACCCAUGCCAGGUCCUCAUGGAGGCCCUGGUGGGCCCGUGGGUCCACGUCUUCUGGGGCCUCCACCCCCACCUCGUGGGGGUGAUCCCUUCUGGGAUGGCCCAGGUGACCCCAUGCGAGGUGGCCCUAUGCGGGGGGGUCCAGGACCUGGUCCUGGGCCGUACCAUAGAGGCCGUGGUGGCCGAGGAGGAAAUGAGCCUCCUCCCCCUCCUCCUCCGUUCCGAGGGGCCAGAGGAGGUCGCUCUGGAGGAGGACCCCCGAAUGGACGAGGGGUCCCUGGCGGGGGCAUGGUUGGAGGUGGUGGGCACCGUCCUCACGAAGGCCCUGGUGGGGGCAUGAGCAGCGGAAGUGGACAUCGUCCCCAUGAAGGCCCUGGCGGCAUGGGCGGUGGACACCGCCCCCAUGAAGGCCCUGGCGGUGGCAUGGGGGGCGGUGGGGGACAUCGCCCCCACGAAGGUCCCGGAGGUGGCAUGGGCAGUGGCAGUGGCCAUCGUCCUCAUGAAGGCCCAGGCGGUGGCAUGGGUGGAGGCAGUGGACACCGCCCCCAUGAAGGCCCUGGUGGGAGCAUGGGUGGAAGUGGGGGACAUCGUCCCCACGAAGGCCCUGGACAUGGGGGGCCCCAUGGCCACCGACCUCAUGAUGUCCCUGGUCACCGAGGCCACGACCAUCGAGGGCCACCCCCUCAUGAGCACCGUGGUCAUGAUGGCCCUGGCCACGGAGGAGGGGGUCACCGAGGGCACGAUGGAGGCCACAGCCAUGGAGGAGACAUGUCAAACCGCCCUGUUUGCCGACAUUUCAUGAUGAAGGGCAACUGCCGCUAUGAGAACAACUGUGCCUUCUACCACCCGGGUGUCAAUGGGCCCCCCUUGCCCUAGGGACCACCUGCCUACCCCACCCACACACACCCCCGUGGACUGCAGCCUUGCUCCUUCCACCCUGUUAUGGCUUCUGUGAGGCCCAUUUGCCCCUUCCCCAGCUGAGGCGGAGCCAGCCCUUCCGUUCCCACCUGGCUGGGUUCCGGGGGGGUUUCUGAUCACUGGUGCGCAUUGAUGUACAUAUUUUCCUCCAGUCUGGGGAGGAGAGAGACUGAACACAUUCUGUACCCUGGACUGCUGAAGAGGAGACCCAGUUGGCUUCACUUUUUGAGGAGAUUUGCCCUGUACCCCCCAACCCCUUUCCAGUAUUGCCCUUCCGCCUGAGAACCUAAAGCCGGUUACCGUGGAGAUCACCUCGACUCUCCUAUGUGGGCCCUCCACACGCACACAGCACCCCGCCAGGACCAGCUGCACCUCUGAACUCCUCCCAGCCAUGCUUACUCCCCGCGGGGUGGGGAGAUGGUCGAGGGACCGUGUCUGUCCCACUGCACUGAGAGGACUCAAUCAGGCUGGAUUUGAGUUCCGGAACACAUCGUCCCCGCCCCCUGACACAGGCGUGUGGUUCUGGGUCCCAUUUCAAGACUGCAGCCUUGUGAGAAGGCCCACGUUUGUAUCAUGGGUCUGCUGGGUUCAGUGAUGGCCAAUUCACAUCUGUGUCCAGGGAGUCCGGGCUGGCAUGGUGAGGCCGGUGGUGUAGGUCCGCUCCGGCCCGCAGGUCACUUGUGAAAACUGUAAAGCAUAUCUGUGAGAGCCUUUCAUCAACUCGAGCCUGGCACGCUGGGCCUGACAGUCACACUACAUGCACUGCCUUGAGGAGUUGGCGCGCUCCUUGUCCCCACCCGAAACCUGUCCAGGACGAGGCUCCAGCCGCCUUGCCCUGUCGGCAUCUCUGAGUCCCCGGCAGGUGGCCCCCUGGGAGGAUUCAGUGAGUGCCCCGCCCGUCCCAGGCCUCCCGUUCCAUGUCUCGGCAUCAGUUGUUUUCUAUGAAAACAGUGGAUUGGUUGGGGUUCGCGCAGGGUCUUGGGUUAGAACCACAAUGGAUUUGAGGAUGAGUAUUUUCUUUUUCUUUUGGUUUUGUAUAUUUUGUACAUUAAUAAUAAACAGUGGAAAGAGAAGCAACUUAUUUAA